UCGAACUGAGUCGCAUUUUUUUAAGUGAAAAACCUACUAUAACAACAACAAAAACUACAACAAUGGCAUUCAAGGUUGUACUCUCCGUUGUCCUUCUGGCAUUGAUUGCCUGCACCCAGGCGAAACCUGGUGGUCCGGCUGCCUAUUCGAUCAGUGCUCCUAGUGUCGAUCAUGCCUCUGUUGGUAGCACUCAGGAGCAUACUGUUAAGGGUCAUUAUGGACAAUCCUCGCAAUCGGACUAUGCCAGCCAGGUUCAGACCGCCCAUUCGCAAUCCCAUGUCCAGCGUUCGAGCAUCAGCAAUGAUGCUGGUCUGGCGCCCGUUGCCGCUCAUGGUUAUGCAGCUGCUCCGGCCCAUGCCAUCGCUGCUGCUCCGGCCUAUUCCUUGGGCUAUGCUGGACACACGGCUCCAGCUCAAAUCCAGGGCGUAGCCUAUGGCGGACAUUAUGGAGCCACGGCACCGGCUAUUCAGAUCUCCGGACUGGGACACUUGGGUCAUUCCGUGCAAUUGGGUCACUCCCUGGGACUGGGAGGCUACAGUGGCUAUGGAGGCUAUGGAUAUGGCGGAUAUGGUUCUUAUAGUGCCGCUCCAGCCAUAUCGCAUGGAUAUCUGGCCCAUGCCCCAAUCGCCGCUGCACCAGCUCCGGUUGUUAAAUAUGCCGCUGCUCCUUCGUACGCUCCUGGAAUCAUUGGACAUGGCAUUGGAUUGGCCGCCCCCGCUUACGCAGCCCCCGCCUAUGCUGCCCCUGCCUACGCUACGCAUCUAGCUGCCCCAGUGGUUAAGGCCGCUGUUGCCGCACCCGCCCUUGUGCAUACAUCGGUCUCUGGUCAUGGUAUUCACUAUGGCUACUAGGGGAUCCAUCGCUUACCGCCCACCGCACCGUCACUUAGCCCGCUCCCCCGUGCUACUCCUACAUUACCAAUACACACUCAAGCAUACACACACACACACACACACAAGUACAGAUACCGCCGCCUACUAUCCCGUUUGGCUAACUAACACUAAUAGGAACAAUAAUACCCAGAGCGUGUCAACGUUAGCUGUUCGCCUUAAUUAAAACUCAAUUUGUUAACUGCACCGAGAAGAGCCUGUGACCUGUGAGAGGCGACGGCAGCGGCGGCGGCGGAGCCUCACCUGACCUCACCUGGGCAACGAUGAUGGAAGCCAGCGAUGCCGCACGCUUCACUCUGCUCCGCUUUUUUCUGUAUUAUUAUUAUGGUUUUUUUUUGUGUGUUUUAUUUUUCCUAUUAUCGUGUUGUUAGCCCGGCCCCAGAGCUUAAACUUAUAGCCACCCCGCCCUCCUCUCAACCACCAACCCUCCUGUGUGUGAGUGUUUUGUUUUUUUUUUUAUCGCGGUUGAAUUUACGUUGUAUUUAAACUUAUUUUGUAAACUGAAACGAAAUGCAUGUGGAAAUGUUGGAAAAAAUAAACUCAUUGUUAUGAACUGGCUGGCUGGCAAAUGAUGACAUGGCAGGGAGGAGGACUCGAAGGACGUUUUUUUUUUCGCCUGUCGCAUAUAUGAUAUAUGAUAUAUGAUACAUUGCAAGAGCACAGUUGCAGUGCUGCAUGCUUUUUUUUUCUUACUAUACUUUUGGCCAUGAUGCAAAGCAGAAGCAGGCUGAGAUUUAUAUGCCACGCAUCAGUUGAUCAGCAUACUUUAUGGGGCAUAACACGCUCAAUAUGCGUUUCAUAUGGUUAAAGCUAAAAGUUACUACUCUUAGUAUUAUAUACUAUCCCUAUGAAACGCACUGUUUGGUGGCCAUAAAUAUAUGUAUGUAUCUAGCGAAUGUAGUCCAGCAAAAUAGCAAGUGAAAGUGCAAAGGCCCAGAAAACCAAUUUACGUCACCAUCUCGCACAUGGGGGCAGGGCACAUGGCCCCCGAAAUAGAUGAUAACCCGUUUAUUUUCGGUCCUGGCCUAAAAUAUUGCCUAGAACAUAGAACAUAUCCCUAGCAAUUCGAUGGCUAUUCAAAAUGUCACUGAGUUCGCGAUGGAGAGUGAAAGUCGAAAGUUGGAGCUAGCCAAAGCUAAGUUGAAUGAUGGCGUUGAGCGGCGAGGGACGACAGCUUUAAGGGCCAUCAACAAGGAUAACUCUAAGCCCGGGGAUAACUGCAGGGGGGCGGGUAGGCGUUCUUAGCUUUUCCAGAGAAAAAUCUGGAAUAUAAAUAAAUCUUUUCACGCGCAUUUUGUGUUAAUUAAAGUGGCCUGCCUGCUGCAUGUUGACUUCCCUGGAAAAAUUCAUAUUUUUAUCUUUUUUUUUAGUUUAUUUGUGAUAAAAAAUGAAACUAACAACUGUUUUCUGCGGAAUUUCUCCUUUUCUCUUAAUUAUUUAUUCAUUUUGAUUGACUGUUUAAAUAAUAAGCAAGGCUUGCUUAUGAUUUUGUGGCUUAAAAGUUGGAAUUAUUUAACAUUUAAAAGCUGCCAAGCUGGCUAAGCUGUUGAGUUAAUUGAUUAAGUAAAAAAUUAGCUUGUUUUAAGAUAUAACUAAAAGGAUUUCUGCACUCAAAAAAUAGUAUAAAACAUAAAUUAUAAAAUUCUUAUUUAGAUAUUUAACAAAAACGCACUUUUUUUUAAAGAAAAUUGGCAAAGUUUGAAGGAGAUUUUCUAGCAACUACAAAAUUUUUCCAAUUUGUCAACCAAAUUUACUAAAAUUCUUAAUAAAUCCCUAAAUUUGAUAGCCAUUUCUUUGUUAAUCUAUAAAUAAACAACAAAAUUUCUAUUUCUAUUUAUACAAAAAUAAUUUCCAAGUGACAUUUUCCUUGACAUUUAUUAUAAACAAUCAGUAACCACACUAUAUAAGCAUUUUCCACUUGCCAAUUGCUGGCCACUUGGGACCGAAAGUUACUUCCUAAUUAUGCAGCUAAUUAGGAAACUAAACUAGAAGUGCUAGUGCUAGUUUGUUCUCUCUCUCUCUCUCUUUUUUGAGAGGGGAAUUUUCCUAGUGCAAUUUUCGUGUUUUCCCAGGACAUGCAAAGUUGGCCACAGGUGGGUAGUGCGAAAGCGAAGCACUAUGGCUAGGAAACCUCCAAGGGAAAACACUUUGUUUAUCUUUGUAUCUGAAUGCUGUGCUUUGUUUUGCCAGUUCGUUUGGGGAAAUGAACAGGAUGCGGUCCUACGCAUACAUAGAUACAAACACACUCACACUCACAUAUAUAGACACAGGCAGGAUCCUUCCUACUAACAGGAUACGCACGCACACGUGGGCUUAUUUAGUAACUAUAUUUGCACUGCGUCUCUCAUUCGGCUAGUUUUUCAAUUCUUUUUCCAUUUUCUUUUUUUUUUUUUUGUUUUUUUCCUAUAUGCUUCUCUCUUUUUUUCUUUUUUGAUUUUUCCUUUUUUUGCUUUUGGUAUGCUUUUGCCUAGCUGGCCUGUUUGCUUUUUCCUGUUGGCCGGUGUUUGUGUAUUUGCCUGGCCGGACACUAAAUUGGAAUUUUCCAUGCAAAUAUGGCCAAGGAAAAUGGGGUUGCUUUUUGGUCGCCUUCUGUGUCGUUUUUUCAAUUAAUAUUUGGUCUACAAAUUAAAUUAGUUUCGAUGAUCACUAACUCUCUCUCUCUCUUUAAGAUUUAUUAGCCUUCAUGUUGUGUGGAAAUGGCUUAGUCAGCGUGUCGUCUCCCUGGCUAAUGCAUUUGUCGUGUUUUGGCUUUCGGAUAUCGGUGAUUGCCAUAUUCCGGUUUUUGCCUCGUUUUGUACUUGGCAAGCCAAGCUGCCACUUACUGUUUACAUUGGCCCGCAACGGCAGGUGUCCUGCCAAGACUGAAAGACCCCUUCAAGGACAUCCUCUUUUUGCCAGCAGCCCCCUUAGGGGGCCAUUCGAUUGUCACCUGUUGGCCAGAAUGCUGCUUGGAGGCCCAAAAUUGCAUAACACUCUCGUUCUCUCAUUCUCUUAAUUGUUUGUGGCAACACAAACAAGUGCAACGCCCAGAAUUAUGUCUAUAUUGCCUGUGGCAAGGUCAUGGUUUUCCUGCUUCUAAGUGGGGUUAACUCAGCUAGAGAGUCUCUAAAUAUUGGUAAGCAUUUUUGGUAGUAAUUCCUUGUUUUAAAUGGUUUUUAAAAGUUAGGCAAUGGUUUAAGUGGUUGAUUUAUAAAUUGUUAGGAAAAUUCAUGAGAUUUCCCAUAACAAAAAUCAAAGUUUUUCAAGACCAAAACCCAACCAGAUUAUAGCCAUAACUACUUUCAAUUCCACUCAUCUUUUAUUAAUAUCUUUUUCUUCCAGUGCAGUUAUGGAUGCACACGUGGCAAGUGGCCACUCAAAGGAUUCAAUGUUUCGCCAUAUAUGUUUGCAUUGGACUUUGCUAUCCACUGGCCUCAUCAUCAGCCUCAUUCACAUCCACUUUCUCAAUCCUCAUCCCAAUUAGUUGGCCCGCCACCCC